AUGACGGACACCUCGCCUUCGGGCCCCAUCUCCCUUAACGUCCGCACCCUCGAGGGCCAGACCCACUCGAUCGACAUCCCCCUCUCCCAGACCGUCCUCCAGCUCAAGGACCACCUCGCCACCCUCCUCAGUGUCCCCAGUCCUCGCCAGCGGCUGAUCUUCCGAGGCCGGGUCAUGGCCGAUGACAAACCACUCACCGAGUAUUCCCUCGAGGACGGACACACUCUCCACCUUGUUACACGUCCAGCCGACGCACCCACCAAUAGCCACAAUGACGCACCUCAGGCAAGACAGACAGCUAGGAGACCAGGAUCCGCUACUGGCAGUGGACCGCUUCGAUUCGACACACGCGACUACCAGCUCAGUAUCAUUGGUGUUGACGAUGGCCCUUUAGACCAACAGAUCAUGCAGGCGCUUGGAGGUCUUGGAGGUGCACAUGGGUUGGACAUGGACCUUGACGGCGGAUCUACUCUGAUUCAGAUUGCAGGCGAACCAUCGCUCCUCCGAUCACUUCUUGGUGCGAAUGGAGGCCACUUUGUACAGCUUGGAGGAGCAGGCCCAGGAACUGCAGAAGCCUUUGAGCAGGCAAGAGCCUUGAGAUCGAGAAUGGUUUCUCACGGACAUGUUCCCUUGGGCGCGAGUCUACCGCCUCUGGAGACGAUCGAAGCUGAAUUGACACGAGUAGCUACUCAACUCAGGAACGUGCAAACCAUUCUCUCCCAUCCAGUCGACCAACUCGAAGGCAUUGAACUGGAGCCACUGGAUGUCCCUCCGCUAGAGGCGGUUAACAGGAACGUCGAUGGGGAUUCAACAGAUAUUGUACGGAUGGGUGGCAUUCUGACCCAGCUUUCAGAAACAAGUCGCGCUAUGGCAAACCAACUUCAGUCGUUGUCGGACCAGUAUAACAACACUCUUGGAUCAUCGGAUCACGCAAACCUACAACGGGUCUCUCACAGAGCAGCGAGAGCCAUGUACAGAUUGGCAAGCGUUCAGAAUACUGUCUUUCCUAUGCUCGCGAACGCCGCUUUUGUUGGCACAGCACCAGGAUCUGUGUCUUAUCGGUAUCAACCCCAGCCACCUGCUGCGACCAAUGUAGUAGCAACUCCACAACCAGUCGCUGGCGAGCGAUCUCCUUCACAGCAGGGACGAACCAUCCAGGGCAUUCCAUUUCCGGCAUUCAUUCGCGGAGCUGGAGCGUCUCCUGUCACUAUGGGUAUGAUUCCCUCUAUCAUGGCACAUGCACGUGCGUCUGCGCAAAGCGUCAACGCUGCCAUGGCGGCUGCCGCAGCUGCGGCCGGUGCACCAGGAGUAAAUUCGACAACACCCGCCUCUACAGCACCUGCCACUGCUACUCCCGCUACAACCUCUACAACCCCUGCAGCUCCUACAACUCCUGCAACUCCUGCCGUUCCACGUACAGCUACCGCCCAAAGGACAGUCCCAGCCGCGUCCGUUCCUGUUCCACAACCUGGCGCUGGACCUAUUGGGCAGAUGGUGCUUGGUCCCAACGGAAGUCUCUCCUAUACCAUUCAAGCACCCAUGAGACUCGCAACCAGGAGCUCUGGACGCUUGCCGACCUAUGCUGCUGCUGCCGCUGCCGCCGCCAAUCCCUUCGCUCUGAACUCGAACCAAGGAAUGCCUACGCGCUUUAUGAUCCCUGCAGAUUUUGCCGGGGCCGGAUUUUUGGAUUUCUGGAGAAACUUGUCAGGACAGGCAACGACUCCUGCCUCCACCACCCCUUCUGCCUCGGCAUCUGCCUCAGGAAGCGCUUCUACGCGUGCUGGCGCAGCAUCGGGCCCGACUCAAGCUGAAGUUAGUUCGAAUGCUUCUUCAUCCUCCCGUAGACGCGAGAGACCAGAAGAUCUCUCACAAGAGGGCACAGACAGAGCGGCAUCCAGAAGGCGACUUGCGACUCAGGUCUCCCAGAUGAAUUCCUCAUUGCUUGAGUUGGAAGAUCGACUCCAGCAUGAACUUGGUCAUAUCCUCGAAAGAUCAGGACUGGGGUUGGGACUGGAAUUAGGAUUAGGGUCAGGACCAGGAUCGGGAUCGGCUGCGCUUUCGAUUCCAGCUCAGAGUUCUCGCUCCAAUACCUCCAAUUCCAACAACACGAAUGCCAACAUUAGCAGCACAUCUCUCCCUUUGGCUCGCACUCAGCCGUCCACACGACCCACUACCACAAGGUCUUCUUCUAAUGACGCACGGAGGACAAGCGGUGCAACUGAGUCGUCGUCCCCUGUCUCCAGCCCUUCGCCAAGCAGCCCGUCGGUCCCAUCAUUAUCGAGCCAAACCAGUAGCAGCAGCGCCAGCUCUUCGGCCGCUUCCUCGGCCUACAACCUGGGACGAAUUGGAGUCUUUAUAUCGGCCAUUCUCAGGAUGGUGGAUCAGCCAAGAGAGGAUGGGUCCCCAAGGACGUUGGCCGAUGUUAUCUGUAACGACCCAGAAUCUUCUAGUACACCUCUACACGAUCUGGUCAGGAAUAUCGCAGAGUCGAUCACUGUGCGAGAGACAAGAUCCAUCGUCGAGGGUCAUCCUGCGCCAAUUCGUAACAUCCACCCUACCCUGAACUCUUUCAUCCGUGAACGUGCAUUGAGCGGCCAGCAGCUGACAGAGAGUAAUCUCGAGUUGGUGGCUGUUAUGUUUGCGCACGGAAUCAUGAAUGCGGUUCACGUGGAGGAUAUUCUCGAGACAUUGUCACCUCCAGUAAGCAUUCAAAUUUCCAGCGCAGAUAUUCGUCGGAUCUCGUUGGAUGUUUUGCGAGAGCACUUCCGCCGGCUCAUCUACCUUGUUGUGGCAGCACCAGCCGGACGAGAAAGUCCAACAUUUGCAAGGGAUGUCAUUCUGUGGAUCAGGGAUGUGGUUGGCGCAUGGAGAGUGUCCUUUUACGGCUUGUUCUCGGAGCGGGAUCAGCCAGAAGCACAACGUAUUGCCACUCACGUCGUCGGUUCAGCUAUUCACGACAAUGGACGACGUUGGGUCGAGCUCUCCAAUCGCGCCACCAAUACCCUUGUCAAUGUUCUCUGCGCGAACAUUGUGCCCAGGCGUAGAGGCGAAGAGCAGGCAGGCGGGCUUGUGGGAGGAGCAUGGCCCCUGAUGGCGACAGGACCUCGUCAGAACAACGCACCCAGGUCGUCAGUUUGCAGAGCGCCAUCACUCCUUGGAUCAACGGCACAUCCUGUCCCCAUGGGACCCAUUGUACCUUCAGUAUCAUCGAAUGACCGCGGCUCGGCUAGUGGUAGCUUCUCGCGGUCGCUUCUCUCCAACUCUACUACCGCGGCCCAGAUUACCCCCUCGCAAGUCUCAUCAGCCGAGGUAGAGACACUCUCUUCAAAUCUGGCAAGGCGCAUCGGCGAAAUGAUGAGCCCUCUUGGAGUCAACACGACUGCGCUUGAGAGUCUCUAUGGCUCUUCUAUCCGUGAAGCCAUCCGGGCAGAACUCGCCAAUAUGAGAGCCUCCACAACAUCCACGUCCACCACGGUCCCCAGCACAAGCAGCUCAUCGUCUGCACCUGCUUCAACUACGGUUCCCAGUUCAAGCAACAGCUCGGAGACCACCACCGCCAAAACCGAAAAGCCCGACGCCCCAGAUCUCAGAACACGCAUUGAAGAUGCCGAAGACGAAGAUAUGGUGUAG